GCUACAGCCUGUCCCUGUGAUUGCAGCGCAGCCAUGUGAUGCCGGAGGAGCGCGGUGGCGAUGAUAUGGAAUGUGGGCAGCUGCCUUCGGACACGCUCCGACAGGUGACGGUCCAGCGCCACCCCCUCUACGGAUUCGGCUUUGUGGCUGGCAGCGAGAGGCCAGUGGUGGUGCGCUCGGUGGCAGCAGGCGGCCCCUCUGAGGAUAAACUCCUGCCAGGAGACCAGAUCUUGGCCAUCAACGAUGAGGAUGUGAGUGAAGCCCCCAGAGAGAGAUUCAUCGAGCUUGUCAGGAAGGCCAAGGACUUCAUCAUCCUCACGGUCCUGCACACCCACCAGUCUCCCAAAUCUGCUUUCAUCAGUGCAGCCAAGAAGGCGAAGCUGAGGUCCAACCCAGCCAAAGUCCGAUUUUCAGAGCAGGUGACAGUCGGCGAGACAGACCCAGACAUGUUGAAGAAAGAAGCUCUCCUCCUCAUUCCCAACGUGCUGAAGGUUUUCCUGGAGAACGGGCAGAUCAAAUCCUUCACGUUCGAUGGCCGAACCACUGUGAAGGACGUGAUGGUGACAUUGCAGGACCGCCUGUCGCUGAGACACAUCGAGCACUUUGCCCUGGUCCUGGAGUAUUCCAGCCCGGAGCAGAGCCACCGCUUCCUGCUGCUCCAGGACAAGCAGCCGCUGGCCCACGUUGUGCAAAGAACACACUACCACGGCAUGAGAUGCCUCUUCCGUGUGAGCUUCUUCCCCAAGGACCCAGUGGAGCUGCUGCGCCGGGACCCUGCAGCUUUCGAGUAUCUGUACAUCCAGAGCCGCAACGAUGUGAUCAGAGAGCGCUUCGGCACAGACCCCAAGCCAGAGAUGCUGCUGGGGCUGGCUGCCCUCCACAUCUACAUCACCGUCUCGGCCACCCGCCCCAGCCAGAAGGUCUCCCUCAAGAAUGUGGAGAAGGAGUGGGGCCUGGAGCCCUUCCUGCCCCCCUCGCUCCUGCAGCUCAUCAAAGAGAAGAGCCUCCGGAAAUCCCUCUCACAGCAGCUCAAAGCCCACCAGCACCAGCCUGGCGGCACCAAGGUCUCCACAGCCCAGGCAAAGCUGCAGUACCUGAGGAUCCUGAACGAGCUGCCGACCUUUGCUGGGGUUCUCUUCAACACGGUGGGACUGCAGGAUGAGAAGCAGCCAGCCACCACCCUGCUGGUGGGACCCCGGCACGGCAUCAGCCACGUCAUUGACCUGAAGACCAACCUCACCACGGUGCUGUCAGAGUUCAGCAAGGUCAGCAAGAUCCAGCUGUUCAGGGAGAACCAGGGCGUGGCCCGUGUGGAGACGAGCAUCCUGGAUGCCAAGCCGCUGGUGCUGCUGAUGGAGUGGCCUGAGGCCACCAACUUCGCCUGCCUCAUCGCAGGCUACUGCCGUCUCCUGGUGGACUCCAAGAAGAUGAUCCUGUCCAGGGCCCCCAGCCAGCCGCCCCCACCUCAGAUUAUCAAGGCAGAUUACAUCAACGCACACAACUUGCACCGGCCUGCCACGGCAGGGCACGUGGGAAAGAAAGAGAAUGGGCUGGUGGGUGGCUCUGCCACUGUCACCGGAGCAGCCGGGGCUUCUGCCAGCAGGGCUUCGGACUCGGAGCUCAUCCGCUUCUGCUACCUGCACAUGCGAGAGCAGAGGAAGGAAAGAGAGAGCGGGACGGAUAUCAAUGAAAACCUGAUUUUUUUUGAGGAAACUCGUCCCAGGACCAAAUCUGACCCCACUUCCAAAAGCUCUGGCCAAGGCUACAACGGGGCAGCUAAGGAGUACGACCCGGAUGGCCUUGAGCAAGACAGGCACGCGAGCAGGGCCAGGGCACACACCAUAGACACCCACCUGCGCAGCGACGCCUCCCACUUCUACUGCGAGUCCUGCCAAGCCAAGAUCAAGAGCCGGCUGGCCUCGGGCACGGGGGGCAAGCCUGGCAGCACCCGUGACAACAUGGUGGACUUGAUGUCGCUUCCCCCUCCUGGGAAUGAUGAGGAAGAAGACGAGACAACGUCCCUGCUCCCCGCCAUCGCCGCCCCCCCUCCUGGCUUCCGAGACAACAGCUCCGACGAGGAUGACCCCAAGCGCCGGGCGGCUGCCCAGAGCCAGGAGCAGGGCCGGCACCUCUGUGGCAUCCUCUACGACGAGAUCCCGGUCACUCUGAUCGACAGCGUGCAGCCACGGACGGUCCGAGACCAUGCCCAAGAGCUGGAUGAUGCCCUGGUGUCCACCCUGCAGGCGCUGGAAGCCCUGGCUGCUUCAGAGGAUUGUCCACAUCCCCCACCACAGCAGACAGCAGGUCUUAUUGUCCUGGCUGCCAUCACUCCUGAGUCAUCUUUGGACUCUGGCCACGAAACAAACUCCUCAGAGCUGACCGAUGUCUCAGAGAUGGUCUCUGCUAUGAAGCAGCAUCAGAACGCAGCCUACUUCCUCACCCAACACAUCAACAAAGAAAACCUCCUGGCCAGGAAGGACUUGCCUUUCCGAAUCCAGAGCUGUGCUGCCCAGGCUGUUCUCGCCUCACCCUACCCCCUGAGCCGCCAGGACCCGAGCCCUUCACUGAAGCCAGCCUUCUCUGCCCAAAGUCCCAGCCUUACCAACUGCAAGAGCAAGCAGGAGCAGCAGCACGGGGAGCAGAGCUGCACCUCGGCUGCCCAGCUGGGCCUGACCCCCCAGCUUAGUGAGCAGAGCAAGGGGGCUUCCGUGCCAAGCUCCGAGGGCAAAGGUGCAGGUCACACAAAAGCUGCCUUUGAGGUAUCUCUGCAUGCCACAGCAGCCCCGAGCAGGGAGCAGGCACAGGAUCUACAAGCGAAGAAGCCCAAAGAGGUGCAGCCGAGCUCCAAGCUCCUCCUGGAUCAGAAAAGUGGUGUAACUCCAGCCAUCGUUUCAGCUGCUCUGCAGCAGGUGGCAAAUGCAAAAGCCUCAGCUCCCCAAGUGAUAUCAGCCUUAAAAGAAGACCAGAGCAUGAAUGGUACCAGCAGCUGUGCACCAGCCAGCAGCAAGCCUUUGACACUUAAAGGAGGUCCACAAACUGCAGAGACGUUAUGCAACUGUCAGCAGCAGCAGCAGCAGCAGCAGCAGCAGCAGCAGCAGCAGCAGCAGCAGCACUGUGAGGUUUCUCCAAGUCCUAAGGAAGCUCCUGGCAGUCAGGCUGAAGCUUUCCACCUCGCCUCAGCCGGUGAGGAAAUGAUAUCCAGUAAGACUUUUGCUUCUAAAAGCUACCAGCAAAAAGUGAGCAGAGAUGCUCCAGGAAAAGCUGCAAGUGGAGAGACAGGUCAGAAGGCAGGUGGGGAAGCCACAAGCCUCAUCUUGCAGAAACACACAGCUCCUUCAAACCAAGGACAGAGAAUACAACAGGAAAGCUCAGCCAAAAUCUUAAAAGCUGAGAGCAGCAAUGUGCACUCUCCAUCACGUGGUGGCACUUUCAGGAGCACCAGUGAGGAAGCCAAAGGGCCCAUCCAGCUGAUGCCCAGAUCUGAGAGCUUGCAGACUAGCACUGUGCCUUCCAAAAAAGUAGAAAAAGUCCUGGAGGUAAGCCAACAAGAUGCUGAUGUCCCAGCUAAACCCAAAGCCCCAAAAGCUCACUUCAGGCUUAGGAACCUGUUCUCUGCAACAUUUCCCACCCGGCUGAAGAAGGAGACGGAUGAGCGGCAGGCCCAGCUGCAGAAGGUGAAGCAGUACGAGCUGGAAUUCCUUGAAGAGCUGCUCAAGCCAAAGAGCAAAGGGGAUCUCCCGCCACAGGAGUACCUGCACCCACCUGCCCCUGGGCGCUGCAGCUGCCAGCUGAGGAGCAGUCCUGUGCAGAAAGUCCCAGGGAUGUCCAGGGAGCAGAGGCGUAGCUGUGACUGCAAGCGGAUUUGCAGGGGAAUGAGGCCACUUCCCAACCAGCUGGUGAUCCCAGAACUGGAGAGGCGAGGCAGGGAUAAAGCGGCAGAUGACCAGAAGCAGGUAGAAGCCAUUAGGCUGACAAGCAUGAGCAGCCCUUCCAAAGGCAAACGGAUACGAUCCACAAGUUUAGAGUCCAGAGAGAACCGGUCAGAUCCAGAGAACGACAUGUCCUGUUUGACAACGUGCGCCUCCCGAGGGGAGUGCAUGAGUGCACCCCACUACAGGAAGCUCUUGCGUCGCUACAGUGUCAGUGAAAUAGAUAAGACUGAUAGGACAUCCUUGUCCUCUGAUGUCUACCAGAACAUCUACACAACCAAGCAGAAAGGCCCCCAGAAAGAGCCUGAGCCCACCAUCCUCUGUCCUGUUCUGAAGAGCAAAAUCCAGGAAGCCUCUGGAGUGGCUGACCCCUCCUACGUGCAGAUAGCACAAGACAAAAAGAACCAGAAGGGUUCAGCAGUGUUCUCUGUCCAGGAGGAGAUGUAUCCAAGUCCUGCUGAGCUGCGGGAUGAAGACAUGGAGGAUGAGAAGUGCUGCUCCAUCCGGUACUGCUUCUACUACAGAAAAUGCGAUGUUGCAGAUGAUGGGAGCGAGAAGGAUGAGCUGUCCUAUUCCAUCCCCAUGCAGAUACUCCCGGGAAUGAAGCUGGACAAUCAGAUGGUCCCAGUCAUGAGCAGAACUCUUCAGGUCCUAGAUGCAACAGCCUGCAGCAGUCCCAAUGAGAGCCAGACCCAGGAAAUAGAUUUAAGGACCUCCAGUUUUGAGGGGAGCUUGGCAAAGAUCAACACCCUUCGAGGCCAUGCCUACAGCUUUCCCAAUGGGUUUCUGCAGGUGCAGCUAGACACCAACGAGCUCCUGACCAUCCUGAGGCAGUGUGUGCUGAGCCCUGAGGUCCGGGACUGCAAACCCUACAUCUCCCAGCUGGCUGAGUACAAGCAGGAGCUGGCCCUCAAGUUCAAGGAGUUCCGGGCGUCCUGCCGCCGCGUGGCCGCCGUCGACAAGAGUCCCACCCACAUGCUCUCCGCCAUCACGAGCAGCUUCCAGGUGCUAAGCAGCCUCAUCGAGACCUUUGUGAGGCUGGUGUACGUCGUGCGCUCGGAGUCCCAGCGCCAAGAGCUGCUGACGAAGGUGGAGGAGGUGGUGAGAAACUACACCUUCCUCCUGAAGGCUGCCGAGGAGUCCACGGCCAGAACGCUGAGCCACCAGCAGACUGUGGAGCAGCUCGCCCGCCAGUCAGCCACGGUCGCCACGGUCAUGAGCACUCUGACACGCUCCCUAAAGACGUUGAUCAAUAAGUAAAGCCAGCUGUGAAGACCAACAAGCCAGUGUGUGCCAGGCCGUGCUGUCAAAUCUCACAGGUCUGGUGAGGAUGCGAUGUCUGCAGGCCCACGUUUACCGGGGUUUGCGAUAGCCAAGACACUUGUCGAUCUCUGCAGAAUGGAUGGUUGUGUUGGUGAUGGGUUUGAAGGGUGAAUUCAUGCCCUGUCACAGCUGUCAAGGGGCUCAAGCAGCUUCUCUGCUUGUUCUCCCACGCUGGCUUGUUGGUGACAGCAUGUGGGAGGUACAGGCACCCCAUCUCCACACCAGUUUGGUUCCGUGGGGUUCUGGGCCUCGCUCGUGCAAAGACCUUUGUUACAGUUUGUGGUGGGCCAGUGAGCUGUCAGGAUCUGAGCUGAGAUCUGGCUCCACCUGGGCAGUCUGGAGCCAAACCAGUGUCUUGCCACGUAAACAACCCUUCUGCCUCCAGGAUCUUCCUGGCCCACAAACACAACGUAAUUAGCAGCAGAAGGGAUCUCUGGGGUGCAAGUCCCCACUGCUGUGCUGGGGCUUGGGAAGGUAGUCCUAGCAUGGGCAGGUUGCCAUAAUCCUGGGACAGAGCUAGGGCACCCUACUGGGCUCUACUGUCACAGCUUAGGCCGCAGUGCUCUAGUCCUGAGCACAGGCACUGCCUGUGCCAAAGGCAAGGGCUUCAUGCCUGCAGGUGGGGAGGAUCCAGUGAACUACAGGCCUGACAGUCCAGCCUCAGUGCUGAGAAGGUCGUGGAGCAGAUGAUCUUGAGUGCCAUCACAUGGCACAUACAGGACAAGGGGAUCAGGCCCAGCCAGCACAGGAGAGAGGCAGGUGCUGCUCAACCGGCCUGGUCUCCUUCUAUGACAGGGUGACUCUGUGGGUGAAGGAAAGGCUGUGGAUGUUGUCUACCUAGAUUUUAGUAAAGCCUUUGACACUGUGUUCUUCAGCAUUCUCCUGGAGAAAGUGGGUGGAUAGAGGAGCCCCAGAGAGUGGUGGGGUAUAGAGUUAAAUCCAGCUUAGGCCAUCACCAAUGGUAUUCCCCAGAGCUCAGUGCUGGGGAACUGUUUAGUAUCUUUUGAAGGCACCCUGAGUCUGGAGAUGACACCAGUUUGGGUGGGAGUGUUGUGCUGGAGGGCAGGAAGGCUCUGCAGAGGGAUCUGGACAGGCUGGGUCCAUGGGCUGAGGCCAACUGUGUGAGGGUCAGCCAGGUCCUGCCCUUGGUUCACAACAACCCCCUGCAGCUCCAGGCUGGGCAGAGAGGCUGAAAAGUGUCUGGAGGGAAAGGCCCUGGGCUGGUCAACAGCAGCUGAACAUCAGCCAGGUGUGCCCAGGUGGGCAAAAGGCCUCUAGAACCUGGCCUGUCCCGGCCAUGGUGUGGCCAGCAGGACCAGGACAGUGACUGUCCCCCUGACUGGGCACUGGUGAGGCCACUCCUCAGAUC